AUGAGUAUAUUUUUAGCUUAUAGAAGUUUUUAUAAAAAUUCAUUAAUUAGAUAAUUUGAUAAGUAUUUAUAAAAUUCACAUUAUAUUAUGUAUUUUAGAUAAUUUAUCAGGCAAAAACUUUAAGAAAAUUAGAGAAAACAGCAAUUACAAACUAUCUAGCCUCAGCAUUUAACUUAAUAUUAGGUAUUUGAUUAUUCUAAAACCCCUCAAGAAAGAUAUGAAGCAAAUUCAUUGGGUAACAACAAUCUAUAAGCAGGUUCAUUUUCAGCAAAAUAUAAUUAGGUUCCUCCUAAUAGCAUUGAUAAUAUUAAAAAUAACUUAUAAAGAUAUAGACCUCCUUCUAACAAUUCUACUUAACAAAAGCUACAUUCUAGUAUCAACGAAGAUAUGUAUCCUUCUAAAUUAUAGUAGCCAAUUUAACAAUAAAGUGAAGAUAGCAACUAUAGAGUUUUGAAUGAACCCUUGCAGCAAGAUCUAAAAAAAUACAAUUCAAGCUAGCAAUAAAACUCUUCUUUUAAUUCUAAUGGAAGGAGGACGCCAGCAACAAAUAGCUCCUAAGGUAAAUAUAAUAUGAAUGAUAGCGAAAACUAUCAAGAGCCUCUUCAAAACUAAAAAAAGCUUAUGAAUUAUCUUGACAAACAAUUUAAUAAUAGCAAUCAUACAACUUAGGUUGGCUUAAAAGGUAGUGAAUAAAUAGGAGGAUAUAAGUCUAAUAGUCAGCAUUCUAACUAUCAAAAGUACUAAAAUCUUUAACUAAAUAAUAGUGGCAACAAUGAUUAAUAUUUUUUAGAUUCAACAUAAUAAUAUUUAAACAAUAAUCAUGAUAUACAAAAUAUUCAAAACCAAAAUUAACAAAGCAGUUUUACUUCAUAUGGAGGUAGCAACAAAGGGAUUAAGUAUUUAAAUAACUCGUAUUAAGAUAUGAUAGAUGAAGUAGAAAUGAAUGCUUAAAAUGUUACUUAAUAAUAAAAAGCUAAAACAAACUAAUAUUAUGAUUAUAACACAUAUGCAAACCGUGAUUCUUUAAGUAUGAAAGCUAUAGAUAAUCCUCUAGUUGCUAUUCCUUAAUCUAUUAAUUAUUCAAAAGGAUCUCCAUAAGGUAGAGAUAUUGAAAACAAGUACGUCAGUGCAUCUUCAUAGCGUAGAAUAUCUUCUCAAAAUUCAUACAAUCGCAAUAAGGGAAGUAACUAAAAGCAUUUCGAAGGAUCUAGAGUCAAUAAAUAUAUACACGAAACAGAAGGUUCUCCUGGAAGACCUAAAAUGCCCCCUCUUCCUCAUCAAAAUAAAAAGAGAGAUGGAUUUAAUGAUUAUUUAAAAGAAGUAAAAGCUCCUUAGCAAAUAAUUUCAAAUUAUUCUCCUUCAUCUAGUAAAGCGAAUAAUAAUUUUCCAGAAGCAAAUUCUACAAUGCCUUCAAACUAUUAAAUUUAGUAAUAUACAGAUUAUAAUAAUUUUUUGGAGUCAAAUAUUGAUAACUCAAAGAAAAACGACUUAUCUUUGUUAAAUGCAAGUAGCCCUGAAAUAAAUUAAAUUUAACCAGACUUAAAUAUAGAAUUCUAAAUUAUUAAGUCCAGACUCUAGGAAGUAGAGAAAAAAAACGAAUCUAUUAUGAAUUAAUUAAUUUAAAUAUCCCCAAAUAUUAUAGACCCAAAUAACACUUCGUUGAGUAUACCACCUUAAGGAAAGUAAGUUAACUCUACUAAGAGGUACUAAUCUUCAUCUCCUGAAUAACGAUAUUAAAAAGCAAGAAAAGACUAAAAUAAUUAAUUAAAUUUGCAACCAUUUUAGGAAAAGCAAUCAAUAAUGCCACAUUCAUCCUAGGUAAAUAAGGUGCCUUUUGGAUAGAGGUCUAGUAGCUAAAAUAACAGUUCUAUAAAGAGAGAGUAAGUUAUUCCAGAAUUUUAUAUAAAUAGUGAUAUGAGAGUAAAAGCAGUUGAUUUACCUUCAAAUAAGAAAAUGAAAAAUGCAGCUCUUAACAGAAGUUUGGAAGAAGAUUUAUAUAUAAGAAACUUUUCAAGCAACAAAAAAGAUCUUGAAGAUCUAUCAUUAAGAUUUGAUAAAGAUGGACUUUAAAACUACAUGAUUAAUGAAAACAGAAUGCUAAAGCAAGAAAAUGAGUAUUUAAAGCUGAAAAUUGAAAGGUGUGAAAAAGAGAUUAAAGAGAAAAAGAGAAUUGUUGAAGAUAAUGAUGCUUACUAUAAAAAGCUUUUUGAAGAAAAAGUUGAAGGUAUUUAAGUGCUCAGAGAAGAGAAUAAAUAAUUGCAACUUUAGAUUCAUAAUUUGGAAUUAAAGUCAUAUGAUAAAAAGAAGAAUCUUUAAAAGCUCUACAGAAUUAUCACUGAAAAAGACGAUGAAAAUAAAAAAUUGAAAUAUUAACUUCAAUAGAAGGAAUAAAUAGAUAGAGAAAGUUUAAAUUAAGCAAUAUAGAGUAUAGAAGAAUAGCUUAAUUAGAAGAUGCAAUUAUUUAUUGAAGAUUUGGCAUAUAAGGAAAGGAUUAUUGAAAAUCUUUAAGAUUAAAUUUAAGUUCUGUAGAAUAUUAUUCAAAAUGAAAAGAUGAGAGGCGAACAGAUAAAUAAUGUUUUCUAAAAUUAAUAGGAAACUGAAUAACCUAUAAGCGAUAAACUCAUUGAACUAAGAUAAAAAAGAGAAGAUCUAUUAUCUAUUCUAUAGAAUAAUAAUAAUUAUGAUUAAUAUGGAAAUGAAAAUGAAUAGUAGCAAAACUUAAAUGAUAUCAAAGAGCUUCUUGGUUUUAUAGACUAAGAAAUAGAAAAUGAGAUCUAAUUCUUAAAUAAUAUCAAUUAAUAAUAAAAACAAGAGGUUGAUAACCAGAAUGAUUAGUAAGUAUUUGCUCAAGAUAUUCCUACUUCUUUAAAAGAAUAACUUUAGAAGGAAAUAUAAUAGCUUAAAGAUCAAAGCAUUUUAGAAUUACAACAAUAUAAUGAAGAAGUUAUUUAGUAACUCAAAAAUAUUUUAAAUGAGGAAGAAUUAGAUAACAUAGAUGAUGGAUUUGAAAGAAUCUAAAUUAAGCUGUAGCAUGCAAGACAGGAACUAGAUUAAGAACAAGCAAAUAAAAUAAUUGAAUUAGAAAAAAAACUUUUGAUUAAAUAAGAUGAAACAGGCAGAUUAGAAAGCUAAAUUAAAGAAUUGUAAUAAUUAGUUAAAAAGCAAAAUAAAUAAAAUAGCUCUCCAAAAAUAUAGAAUUAAUAGCAGGAUUCAAGAAAUUAUACUGUAUCUGCUGCUGUGGAAACAGAAGAAGAUUAAAAAUUAAUAAAUUCUUUAUAAAAUUAAAUUUAAAAACUAAAGUAAGAAAUUUAAAAAGCAAACACAGAUUUUAACAUCAUUAAAGAUGACAAUAAAAGCUUUGUUAGCUAAAUUGAAAUAUUGAAAAAAUAAAAUUAAUUAUUAGAAACUUAAAAUCAAAAUGUAUAAAAAAAUAUUUAAACUUUGGAACAAACUAUCAAGACACUUAAUGAACAGAAUAAAAGCCUGCAAAAGGAAAAAGAAAGUAUUUCAAAAAAUCUUCAACAAAAAACAUAAAAUUUAGCUAAGUCAGAAGACUAAGUUGCACAGUUUAAAAAUGAAAAUAAAUUAUAUUAAGAAAAGUGUGGAAUUCUUGAAAAAAGAAUCAAAGAACUUGAAGAAACAAAAAAAAAAUCUAGCACACCAAGUGCUGGAACUUCUCCUAAUUCAAAAGGAAAGAAUUAGAAUACUCAAUAAUAAUAGCAGUAAUUAUAAUAAUAUAUUAAAGAUUGCGAGUAGCUUAAAUAGCUUUUGAUUGAAUAUGAGUAAAAGUUUUUAGAAAAAGAAGAAGAUAAAAGUAAACUUUUAGCUGAAAUCGAAGAUCUAAAAUCAAAAUUAGAAGAAGCUGUUACUAUUAUUAAAUAAUAAGAGGAGGAAAAUGAAAAAUUAAAAGAAGAGAUCGAACAAAAUCUGAAGAGAGUUAAGGAUCUGGAAAAAGAGAAAGAGGAUAUUGCAAAUGAGCAAUAAGAUAAGAUUGAGUUAUAUUAGAAUUCUCUUUCAGAAAAUUGA